GCAGACUUAUUGUGUAUAUUCUAUUCACAUGAGCUAAUGACACAAGUCACUGCAAGACCAUAACCCUCCAGAAGAAAAUGUGCAGGAUACUCUUGUUAUCAAUCAUUCUGUUGUCCUCUUAUUCUCUUUCUUAUGGGGAGCCUGAACAAGACUACAGAAGACCAAUUAAAGUCAGUAUCACUUGCUGUACAGAAGUAUCAAAAGCCAAAAUUUCAAAUGAAAUAAUAAACUUCAAGAUUCAACAUGCCAGAGAUCAAUGUGUUAAUGCUGUGAUAUUCCGAACUGAGAUUGAAGGAUCAUUCUGCUCUGAUCCCAGUGCCAGAUGGGUCAGAAAGAAAGUUAAUGAACUGGGUGGGGAUUUAAGCAAAUUGUCUAAAGUAAAAUCUAAGAAGAAAAGGGUUCAGAAAAAGAAAAAAAAGAAAUCUGUAAAAAAGGCUGUUACUGCUUCUUGGUUUCCGUCCACAAGAUGAGGAAAUGACCUAGAAUGCUUUUCACAGAGACAAAUAAUUUCUAAGCUGUUUGUGUUCAACAUGUUUAAUAUUUGUACUUUAUGUUAUGAUGUGUGUGUUUGAUUUUAAAUCAGAUUUGUAUGACCUUGAUGUAAAUAAACUUUCUAGUUGGCAAACCGUACAAGAA